GCGACUUGUCAGAAGCUUAACGCUAUCAGGCUGGGAUGAUGAGAUUCUGAAGCGUAACUUUCACGUACCAGGGAAAUUCCGAAAUAGUAUUUCUGUGAAAUUCAGGGUUUUUAGAGGUGCGGAUUUAUCAAGGAGAAGGCGGCUGUUCGUGUGAGGUCGUGUGGAAUAGCUCCAACACAAGACCGAACCCGGCUGUUCGUGCCACAAGAUCCUGGUUCCACCGUCGAUCUCCUUCCUGGUCGCCACGAGAAACGGUUUCUCCGUCCGUUCCCUUCCCUUGCAGACUCCCUCGCUCCUAGCGGCUAUAUUCUUUCCACUCGCAGCGCAGGAGCGUGAUAAGGGAGAGUGGAGAGAAAGAGGAGUUCGGAAGAGGAGCAGCAGCAGCAGCUGGAGGAGGAGGAGGAGGAGCAGGAGGACACGAGCUGUGAGGCCACAAAUCUGACUACGCCUCGAAACAAAUCUGCUAUCGCAGCAGCACGCGUCGCGCAUUCUGCAAGGCUACAGUAUUAGCAGUUGUUUGGUGUUGUGCCUUCUGCCAUCAGCCCCAUGGCGCCUGUCACAUCCGCCAGCACUCAGCCCUGGGUGGAGAAGUACCGCCCCAAGCAGGUGUCUGACGUGGCACACCAGCAGGAGGUGGUGGCUACACUCAACAACACGCUGGCCACAGGCAAUCUCCCCCACCUGCUCUUCUACGGCCCGCCAGGCACGGGCAAGACGUCCACAGCGCUGGCAAUAACCAAGGAGCUGUUCGGGCCUGAGCUCUACUCCUCUCGGGUGCUGGAGCUGAACGCCAGUGACGACAGGGGAAUCAGCGUGGUGCGCACCAAGAUCAAGGACUUUGCUGGCGUUGCUGUGGGCCACGGGGUCAGCGGCUACCCCUGCCCGCCGUUCAAGGUCAUCAUUCUGGAUGAAGCGGAUUCAAUGACAGAGGACGCUCAGAACGCUCUUCGCCGGACCAUGGAGCUGCACUCGCGAGUCACAAGAUUUGUCUUCAUCUGCAACUACAUCAGCAGAAUCAUCGAGCCGUUGGCCUCCCGCUGUGCCAAGUUCCGGUUCCGGCCGCUGGUGGGGCAGGUGAUGACUGACAGGCUGAGGCACGUGGCAGACUGCGAGCACCUCACUCUGUCGGAUGAGGCCUUUGAAACGCUUAACAAAGUGUCGGAGGGAGAUCUGAGACGAGCCAUCACAACGCUGCAGAGUGCUGCCAGGCUGUACGGCUCGUCAAUAUCAGCGCAGCAAAUCAUCGAGGUCUCAGGGGUGGUGCCUGCCUCAGUUGUCACCUCCCUCCUCAAGGCCUGCAGGGGAGGCGCCUUCGAGGCUGUGCAGUCUGCCGUCACUGCUGCCGUUGCUGACGGCUACCCUGCUGCUCAAAUACUCUCCCAGUUGUUCGAUGCAGCCGUGGCUGCAGAGGACCUCUCGGACGAACAGAAGGCGCGGAUCUGUGCAACCAUUGCAACCGCUGACAAGAAUCUGGUGGAUGGGGCGGACGAGUGGCUGCAGCUGCUGGAUGUGGCCAGCAGCACCAUGAGGGCCAUCCACAACCUGCCGCUCACUGCCGCCUUCGCCUCGUGAUGGCCAUGUGAUAUGUGAACGAGACGAUCAUUAUAGACUUGGAUGUGGCCGGCAGCACCAUGAGGGCCGUCCACAGCCUGCCACUCACUGCCUCCUUCGCCUCGUGAUGCCCAUGUGAUGCUCAAACAUGGGAAUGAGACCAGCAUAAUAGACUUGGAUGUGGCCAGCAGCGCCAUGAGGGCCGUCCACAACCUGCCGCUCACUGCCUCCUUUGCCACGUGAUGGCCACACUAAUGCUCGAACACAUCGAGGCCGUGUAAACACACCUUACCAGUACCUGCAUGUGGCAAGCGUCGCCAUUGGGGCCAUGAUCAAGUGUCCAAUCACUACCUCCACUGCCACAUGAUCGUCACCCUCGCGCAAUGCAAACAUCUGUAUUUUGAGUCGACUCAAGGUGUACUAUUUUGAGUCGACUCAAAAUUCACGUGAUGUCACCCUCGCGCAAUGCAAACAUCUCGAUGAAACCUUUUUUACGCACUUCCACAAGGGUCGUCGUGCGCAACAUUCCACUCAACUGCCUCCUUUGCAAUGUGAUGGCCACACUUAUGCUCAACCAUGUGAACCACAA